AGAAAAAAUUAAAGUAAUUGUAUUGCAUCAAUGUACAUAUUGAGAGAUUCCAUCGCAUUUAUUGAACAUCUCUUAAAAGCAGAUUAUAUUAUCGAUCAUAUUGUUGCAUUACGUGAACUAAUUUCAGUAUUGCUUUCCAACCGGUUUCACCUACAUGUUGCAAUUACAUCAUGCAAGCCAUAUGCAACACCCAUCACGCUUAACCUGUCGUUAUUGCGUGUGUAUUAUUCCCAACACCUGUAACACGUUUCUCUCUAAAAGGCAGAGAAGUAUGUAACAACUGUAUUCUUCUAUAUUAUCUAUCAUAUACUCAUUUUUCUCUUGCAUAAUGUUUCCAUUGAAAGAUCACAAAUGCUCGAAAUUCAGUAUAAUCAUUGGCAUUGCUAAAUUCGGAUACAGAACAUAUAAUAUUUUUAUUCAAAUUCUUAAACUUGUGUUUCUUGACCUGAUUGUUCGAGUUUCCAAUAAAAAAAAUUGCAAAACGACAAUAUCCGAUUCGAAAAUAAUUGCGAUUAAUGUUGAUUGACGUGAGAAAUCUUGAACUUGUUUUUUCUGGCCUGAUUGUUCGAGUUUCCCCAAUAAAAAAAAAUUGCAAAUAUCCGAUUCGAAAAUAAUUGCAAUUAAUGUUGGUGACGUGAGAAACGUUAAGUUCGCACGCACGUAAAAAUACGGACGGGUUCGCGCGAAUGGAACCAAUAGGGGACGAGUUUUCUCGACGCUCGCGGGUGAUCCCUUCGAUCCGAUUCGCAUCAGUCAUCGCGCGGCUUGCGCGGUUGUUACGUGUGUUGUCUGUGGUGUGUCUUGAUUUGUGUCGCGCAGCUUCUUAUCGGGCACAGCGGCGUUCGACCAAGCGAUAAGCAGCAUCGACAAGUAUCUCAUUAAAAUUUUCCGGUCGCCGUGGACGACGACAAAUGACGUUAUCACGUCGCAAAACCAUCCUUCGCCUAUCGCAUAUGCGAGGAACAACGAGAAGUGAGGUUAAGUCCUCGUGAGACCGGGCCGACCUCGCGAUAUGAUCCCUCCGUGAAGAUGAAACGAAACGUGAUCAGCCUGGUCAAGUUCUGUCUCCUAGCUAUCUUCACGGUGCUCCUGACCGUCGUAAUAUUCCGUUACAUGCGGACGCCGUCUAACCGUCGGGUCCCGACACCGCUGGACGCUCUGGCAACGGCGGUCGGUCCAAGGAAUCCAGGAGACAGGAAUCAACCAGAGAGCGAUGGACACCUAGCUCAGGAUGUGGACGAGAAAAUCGAUUGGCAUGACUACAAGAGCAUUCAGGAGGAGAAGAUGCGAAUUGGGAUGGGAGAACAGGGAAGGCCAGCCUUUCUUUCGCCAUCCCUUGAUACGCGAAAGGAAAAAUUAUAUCAAGUAAAUGGGUUCAAUGCCGCUCUCAGUGACGAGAUUUCAAUGAACCGUUCAGUGCCUGACAUUCGCCACCCAGACUGUAGGAAGAAGAAAUACUUGAGGAACUUAGAUCCCGUUUCUGUGAUAGUAUCCUUCCACAACGAGCACUUCAGCACGCUGCUGAGGACCUGCUGGAGCGUGAUUAAUCGUUCGCCGUCUUCACUCCUGGAGGAAAUUAUAUUGGUUGACGAUGCCAGCACUAAGGUGGAGCUAAAGAAGAAGCUGGACGACUACGUUGCCCAGUAUUUGCCAAAAGUGUCGAUCGUACGGUUACCAAAACGUUCGGGAUUGAUCAGGGGUCGGUUGGCGGGCGCGAAAAAAGCCAGAGCAAAGAUCCUUGUAUUCCUAGACUCACACAGCGAAGCUAACGUGAACUGGCUGCCACCAUUGCUAGAGCCCAUCGCGCAGGACUACAGAACCUGCGUUUGUCCGUUCAUCGACGUGAUAGCUUACGAAACUUUCGAGUACAGGGCGCAAGAUGAAGGUGCUCGUGGAGCGUUCGAUUGGGAGUUGUAUUAUAAGCGGCUGCCACUACUUCCGGAAGAUCUGAAGAAACCCGCAGAGCCAUUCAAAAGUCCCAUAAUGGCAGGAGGUUUGUUUGCCAUCAGCGCCAAGUUCUUUUGGGAGUUGGGCGGUUAUGACCCCGGUUUAGAUAUUUGGGGCGGUGAACAGUAUGAGCUGUCUUUCAAAAUCUGGCAAUGUGGCGGACAGAUGUACGACGCACCUUGCUCCAGAGUCGGCCACAUCUAUCGCAAGUUUCCACCGUUUCCUAAUCCCGGCCGCGGCGAUUUUCUAGGAAAGAAUUACAAGAGAGUUGCCGAAGUGUGGAUGGACGAAUACGCGGAAUACAUCUACAAGAGACGGCCGCACUUGCGGGCCUUGGAUCCGGGAGAUCUAACGGAGCAGAAAGAUUUGCGCGCGAGAUUACACUGUAAACCCUUCGAUUGGUUCAUAAAGAACAUAGCUUUCGAUCUGGUAGAGGUUUACCCGCCUAUCGAGCCGGACGAUUUCGCUGUAGGCGAGAUCAGGAAUAUGGGUGCGACCGAACUGUGCUUGGAUGCGAAGAAGCGGAAGAGAGACGAGCUCAUCGUGGUGGACACUUGCGUUAAAGACGAUCCGAAAGUGUCGGGCGAGCAGGAGUUCCGGCUGACCUGGCACAAGGAUAUUAGGCCGAAGGAUCGCACUGAUUGUUUGGACGUAUCCAGGGGCGAGGAGAAAGCACCAGUGAGUUUGUAUCCUUGCCACGGGAAACAAGGCAAUCAGCUGUGGCGCUACGACCUCGAGAAGCAGUGGCUGCAGCAUGGUUACUCGUCCAGAUGCUUGGAUACCGAUCCCGGCAGCAAACGAGUGUACGUGACCGCGUGCGAUAAAUCGUCGCCCACUCAGAAAUGGCGGAUAGAACAGGUGAACAUAAAAGCUAUUAAUAAUUGGGAAAAUGUAGGACCUAAGCUCAAGUGAACUUUGUUCCCUCUUUUAAUGCCAUAAUGUUCUUUAGAAAUCGAGGGGCAAGCCCUCUUUAUAUUCCUGGUUACUAGUCAUCAUAUAAAUUCCGACUCAAAGAUAUUGCACUUGCAUUAGCGAUCAGCGACGAAUAAGAAAUUGAUUAUUGCGCGAUCCAAGUAAUUUUGCAUGUAGCAUAAGGUGAAAUUUCUGUUCCUUUGAUAUCCAAAUGGAUAGCAAAUGUUUUCAUAUCGACCGAUGUGUCUAUGUACAUAUCACAUGAGCGCUCUACCGUGCCUUACAUUACAUAGCCAUACAUAAGAUAACAACUAAAAUAAAACGUAACAAUUUCAACAUGUAAGUUUCACUUUUCGCUCAAAUUAAUAAUAUUGUUAUUAAAUUCUUUUAAUGUAUUGCUUAAUAAGCAGGACUGAUGCACUUCGUUUGUUGAAGCAAGAUAAACAAAGUUGUAAAUUUACUUCUGCCAAGAAAUGUGAAUACGAUUUGUAUGAUAGUUGUAGUGACUCAUUCCAUUAUUAUUAGUAUAUAAUAAGCAAGUAUUAUGACCUAUUUUAUCUGGUUAGACUAAUCAGGAAAUGUAUAUGAAGUCACUCCUUUCCUUUGAGAUGCAUUACAUGAGUAGAUUAUAGAAUAACUUGGAAUAUAUUUUUUCUUCUAGUAAUAAAUACAAUACAACGAAUUAUAAAACAGGCGACAAAUACAUCUGUUUCAUAAAGACGUACGUUUCAUGACACGUACGCUUCAGUAUCUUCAAAAUGGUAUCAUUUUAAGACCUUUUCUUUUCAAUUAAAUAAAGAAACAGAAUUUUCCAAUCUUGUCAAGUAAAUUUAGCAAGUCUUAAUAAUAAAACAUCUUUCUUAUUCAAAGUUAUUCUGCAAUAUACUCAAAAUUAAUCAAAAUCGAAGAUGGAGCGUUUGUUAGAUAUUAUUGUAAGUAUAAAUGAAUCCUUAAAUAUUUAUUCCUUGCAUUUAUCAUUUAGUAUAUUUGUUUAUGUUUGAGCGCAUAUCUGUAGAAAAUAUGAAGUAGCAGAUGAAUGUAUAGAAAAGUAUUGUUAACUGUCUGUGAUCGUUGGUGUCUGGACUAAUCUUUGAUUAUUACUAUUUUUAUAACAUAUUUAUAUGAUUUAAAAUAAACAUUUGUAUUAAAUCCUUAUAUUUUGCAAUAAAUAUAAGUCCAAUCUCUGUGGAUAGUGAACAAUACAUAAUAAACUGGAAAUUCCAAUCGA